AUGAAGUGCCUUGCGGUCCUCCUCAGCAUUGUCACCCUCUCUGAAUGUUUGAUUAAUUUUCCAUUACAGAGAGGGAAAAGUCUGAGAGACAUUCUCCAGGAGGAGAAUUUGCUGGAAGGUCUUCUUCGGAAACACCAUUAUGACAUUGGCAGCAAAUAUCAUUUGCCUAAUGCUGCUCAGUUUGCUGAUGAACCACUUAUGAACUACUUAGAUGCACAAUACUAUGGAACAAUCUACAUUGGAACCCCACCACAGAAGUUCACUGUUGUGUUUGACACUGGAUCAUCGAAUCUCUGGGUACCCUCUAUCUACUGCCAAAGUCAGGCAUGUCAAAACCAUAAUAAGUUCAACCCGACUCAGUCUUCUACCUACCAGGGCACACAACAGAGUAUAUCAAUUUACUAUGGCACAGGAAACAUGGAAGGCAUCUUAGGAUACGAUACUGUGUUGGUGUCUGGUCUUGCUGAUACCAAUCAACCAUUUGCCUUGAGCACUCGUGAGCCUGGGCUCAUCUUCGUAUAUGCUAAGUUUGACGGGAUCUUGGGCUUAGGCUACCCCACCAUUGCUGAAGACGAUGCAACCCCCGUCUUUGAUAACUUGGUGAAUGAAGGCCUAGUGCAGCACAACUUAUUUUCUGUCUAUCUCAGCAGAAAUCCAACUGGGAGCAUGAUCACUUUUGGUGGAAUUGAUCACCGUUAUUAUACUGGUACUAUUAAUUGGAUACCUGUCACUCAGCAAGGUUACUGGCAGAUUGCAAUGGACAGCGUUUUAGUGGACGGUCAGGAGAUAGCCUGCUCUGGGGGCUGUCAAGCAAUUGUUGACACUGGUACCUCCCUCUUGGCUGUCCCCGGCUCUGCCAUAUACAGAAUCCAAAACGCCAUUGGAGCUACAGCAGGGCAGUAUGGUCAGUAUACAAUCAACUGCAAUAACCUUCCCUAUAUGCCUGAUGUGGUGUUUGUGAUCAAUGGAAUCCAGUAUCCUCUGAAACCAAAGGCAUACACACGCCAGCUGGGCUCAGGACAUUGUAGUAGUGGCUUCCAAGUCACUGGUGGGAGCCUCUGGAUCCUGGGAGAUGUGUUCAUAAGAGAAUACUACAGCAUUUUUGACAGGGCAAACAACCGAGUUGGACUGGCAAAGGCAAUCUAGAAUAACCGUGCCUUUAAGUAGCAGCAAAUACAGCAAUU